UAGACGCGGAUGUAAAAGGUAAACAAACGUCUUGCUAAGCUAGUAGCAUGGUGAAAUCUCUAAAAUGUAGUUAAAGUGGAAGUUGAAGUGAAUGACAGUCGACAUAAUUGUAUCGGACGUUGUAUGAAGCUUUAUUGAAACAAAGUUUUGAAUGAGCUGUACUAGCAGCUGUUUUGCCACGUACACCUAAUAACGUUAGUGCAAAGGAGCUGGUUGCGUGUGUCGAUGGAGCAGAAGCUUGCAGAGUUCAGAGCCAGGCGACAGGCUGAAAAUGCUGUUAAAAAGGAUGAGAGUGCUGGCCCGCAGUGCAGAGCACAGACAGUAGCGGACACAGCUGCUCAGACCGAUACAACAUCAACAGCUGACGGUCAACAGACAGAGGAGAGGACAGGAACAAGCAGAGAUUCAACCCAGAGCUCUGAAAGGAAGGACCAGCGUGACUGGCUGCUGGACAGCGCUCUUGGAAGAUGGCUGGCUUCAAGACAAUUUGUCUUCUCAAACCUUACUUUGCUUAAAGUGCUGCUGUGGCUGGUGCUGCUUGGUCUGUUUGUAGAACUGGGGUUUGGCCUGCCUUUCUUCCUCAUCUCCCUCUUCUACUGGCUCUAUGAAGGACUCCGUAGCCCAGCUGCCCGCGAGCCUGGAGAACUGAGCGCCUAUUCUGUCUUCAAUCCAGACUGUCAGCCUCUGCUGGGCUCUCUCACUGCAGAGCAGCUGGAGGGAGAGAUGGGUUACAGACCUCUGGCUAACAGAUGAAUUGCUUGUGAUUUACAUUUAUAUCAAAUAAUCUGAUCUUUUUGUCUGUUCAAAAAUGUUAAUUAUAAUAUUCAGGAAUAUGCAGGGAUACAAUAGUAAUUUAGAUUUAAUAUUUCUGUAUACCACAUUAAAUUGAGAUUGGUCUACUUAACAGUUUUA